UCACAUUGCAUUUUGGUAGUGAUAUUUCCAAUAUGGCGGCGAACGUGUGGUGAGUUUGUCAGUGUUGGUGAGUAUCUGUAUGAACUUCCUACUAACCGCAGGCUGUUUCAUUUUCAUUUUUUUAAUGAAAUUUGUCUUAAAUUUCCCCAGAAAGUAAAAAUGUGGCUUUUGGUUGGAACUGAUCAAUUUAUGUUUUUUAAUAGCCUUUCAAAUACAUGCUUAUCCACUGUUAAAUUUGACACUGUUUCUUUUGAACUUAGAAUUUGCUUUCCCUGUCAGUUGGAACGCGUAAAAAGGCUUAUUAAUAAAUAGCUUCUUUGAUCUUACGUCUCGCCCUGGAUAUAAAGGCUCCCCCAAAGCUUCCCAGCGCUUCAUCAGUUAUAACCGUUUAUGUAUUUUAAUCGGUCAGUGUAAAACACAGACUGCGGACCAGGGGACUGCGGACCAGGAGUAAAAUACAGACUGAAUGUAAAAUGCAGACUACAGACUGAGACUAAAACGCAGGCACGGUGCAAAAUGUAGACCGAGCAUAAACUGCAGUCGCGGAGGGGUAGGGGUUUAGGUUAAAAUAUUCCGCAAGAAAAUGUGAACGAUCACUUAAUUUGCUUGACAUUUGCUUUCACAAAUCCAUUCCUUUCUUCUCUGUGGCCUGUUCCUCCAGGCUUUCAGAUAGUGAAGAGCCUGGAACAGGCUAUAUCUUCUCUGGAACGUCUUCGAAAAAUAAUCGCAAUCUUGAACUCUUUACCCGACCGAGAGACCUCACGCUUCAAAUGUCAAUACACGUGACCGUGAAUUGGUACAACACGACGAUAUUUACGCUUAAAUAAAAGCUGCAGACCAAAAUAUUCUACAGAAGGAAUAAUGGCGAUAAAAAGGGAGUAAAUCAUUCCAACAACAAAGAAAGAUGUUCUGCAGGAAAUUUGGAUGACCUUCUAUCGAAAGUAUUGCAAAUCAAGGUAUGCAGACUUGAGCUGUUCGGAUGUUCAUUGAAACUUCUGGCGAAUGUGCAUCUCAUUGAACAACAAUAAAUCAACAGAACACAAGGUUCACUUCAAACAUACCUGCAACUCGUCGUCCUCCAUGUCUGUAUCUUUCACGCCGAAUGCCCAAAAUCUGCCGAGUUGGUAGAAUAAAUGGUAUACACAUAACAUGCCUCUCACGUGUGUUCCUCGUCAGGUCUCGUCAAUCUCGUUCCCCGUUCCGCUAAACAAGGGUAACGCUGGGUAACGAAGUCUCUGGGUUCCGGGGAAAAAAGAAACCGACUUCCAUUUUGUUUUCUGCUUGACAUUUCUCUUAUUUUCGCCCUAAUGUGGUUCUUUCUGCAUUUUACUCCCAGCCUGCACUUUACCUUAAGUCUGCAGGUCUGCAUUAAUUUUUACACACGGUCCGGAGUCUGCAGUCCGCAGUCCGCAGUCUUCGCUUUACACUGACCGGUAUUCCGAUAUUUGGUGUGACAGAAUGUUUUGAUACUUGCCCAUUGUAUUCUCAGACUGUUUGCCCGAAUGGUUUCAAUCGAAAAUAGUUCUUUGCACAAUAUUUCACAAUUUUGUUAGCUAUUGUUCUGUUUUGUUUUUGUGCUCCUAGGCGUUAAUUAUCAUCUACUAUCACACUGGUUUUUGCCCUAUCUAAAAGGCAACAACACUCGAUAAUGUAGACAUUCAAACAAGAUUAUUGAACUUGCAUCGUGGCUGCAACAUCGUGCACGCACUUUCGUCUUUCAUCACUGCUCAAACUUAAAUGCGCGCUUCAUAUAUUCUUAAAGAGUUGAAAGGCUUGAGGUUUGACAGUUCACAGUUCACAUAAUAUCUACUGACUGUGCAUUUGGUUUGUUUUUUUUUUUUCAGUUGACAAAUAUUGAACUUUUGGAUAAACACAGUUGAUACGUGACGUAUUUUCACGCUUUUUGAUUCUAAUCUGCCUUGUCCACAUUACACUGCGGGAUCUUUUCACUCAUCCAAAGAAGCAUUUAUACUGCAUACCAGAGAAUAAUACAUAUUUCUUAUACUUGCUCUCUACUAGAAAUUCAGUUAAACUUUCUGAUAAUUCAGGGCAAACUUUUAGUUCUCUUUCCCAGUCAAAACCUGCAAUUUAACUCUGGAUUUUUCGAACCGCCUGCUGAUGAUAGUUUGAAUCACUAUUAAUUUUCCUCUUCCUUGAUUCGAAAAAUUACUGAAAUACUCUGUAACUGCAAUCACGGUGAUCUUAUUUAUAACGAAACAGCAGCGAUGAUUUUUUUUAAAGUUUCAAUGUUUUUAAAGAUGUUUGUUCACGAGGUUGAAUCAGUAAAGAAACAAGGUAUCUCAGCUGACUUAAACACGAGUCACCUGAACAACCAACUUUGAAUACAAGCUUGCAAAAAUGUCUCAUAAUCAUAUCGCCUGAAUACAUACAUUACCGAAGUCACAGAUUUUAUGUGUCAUGAUAUUUUUUGAGGUGCCACAAAACUGAUAUAUUCGAUAACUAAGCCUCAUUCUAUUUCAUUGACGUGACACGCCGCUCACAAAGUUAGUGUCCCGCGCACGCCCCAAUCGGACAAAACAAGACCAGCAAAAUGAAAAAAGUUUUUUUCCUGCUUGUUGCAGAAUUUCUUCUUCAAGGUACGUUUCAAAAGUAGAAGACCUAAUGCAUCAGCUACAAAAAAGCCUUGAAAUUAUAGUUCAUGCAUUUCAAAUCCAGGCUGUAUAACGCCAAAUACCCAGGCCAUAUGAAAGAGGCGUCUGCUUAGCAGGGAACAGCCGAAGGUGCAUCAGCCUAAAAACACGUUGAAAUGACAGUAUAUUUCAAACUAAAAUGUACGACCCUAACAUAAACUCACGGCCCUACAGAACAAGUAUUAGGCGUACCCAGCUAUACCAAUGCGCUUUUGAACUUUGAGCUUGAUAAUUAGACAAUCGCACACUGUUGUCCCUCAUUUUUUAGUUUUAAACAACUAUAUUUAGAACGAUUUAAUUCGUGAUCUUUUUGUGAACUAAAAAGAUCCUUUCUUCCUCUUCAACAUAACUUUUAUUUAUCACUGUAUACGGCAUAUAAAAAGCAUUCAAUUCUAAAAGGGGGGUUCGGAGCUGGACCGUAUGUCACUUUUUUUUAUAAAUUAUCGUUCGUAAGUGAUUUUAGGCAUAGGUUUUGUUACUCUUAGCCUGAAACUUUGGUAGCUUGAGUCUAGCCUUCUCACGUAGUACCGAUAAAUGUCAUCAGUCUAAAGCCAUUCAGAGAAUUAAAGGAACUGCGACCAUUUGAUGAAACGUCCUCUGAAGAAAAGACAAAAUUCCCAUUAACAUUGUGUGUUGACCUGGAAACUAAAAAACUAAGAAAUGGUUAAGCCCAUGAAACACAAACCACCCCCGAUGAAUAACAUCUUAACUUUAUUUUUUUUAUAUAGCUAUAAUAACUAGUAAUAACCAAAGGUUAAGGAGUGCAGACGACAACGAUCGAAGGUCAAAACACUUUUGCUCCAACGCGGUGCUUUGCGUAGGCGCCUUCGCGUGACAGAUAGUCAAAACACACGUGAUCAGAUUACGAGGGGUAGAAGGUCGAAACACGCGUGAUCAAAUUGUGUUCUGUGCACUAGUCUAUUCAUUCUUAGUGGAAGUCAAAGCAAAUGAUGGCUUAACGAUGGCAACACACAUGCGACGCAUGCGUAAUAACAACCUGGAGAUAAGGAUUGCGGGCUCCUCGCAAUUAAUCUGCUGCUAAAGCAAGCCCGUGAUCACAACCUCCUUUUGUCCUUCUAUUUGUUCGUUUUAAUUGUUCAGUUCCCUGCCUUCUCUCCUUCCAACUGAAUAUAUUUUACUACUACUCAUUCUAUUUCAUUGACGUUGCAUCGCUCGCACAGUACUUAGUUGAAGAGCCCUGUACGAACCUGUACGAAACCGGACACAAAACGAAACCAAAAUGAAAAAAGUUUUCUUCCUGCUUGUGGCAGCAUUUCUUCUUCAAGGUACGUUUCAAAAUCGUCGAACAUGCAUCAGCAUAAAAACGCGUUGAAAUGACAGUGUGUUUCGAAGCUCGGGCGGUAUAAUCUUACUUUGAUCUCACGGGUCUACGAAGAACAAGUGUGCUCUGUUAUUUUGAUAGACUGUAGCUAAGAGUUUUAAAAUCCCCUUACAUCAAGUGUCUGGAUCCCGAUGCAUCGUUGCUUCAGAGGCCUUUUAGCUGGAACUGCGUCAUCGAUGUUUUCAUUCAGUGGCAAUUUUUAAACUCAGUAACUAAAAGAACUAGUACAGGCAACAUUUCUAUGGUGCCUGUAGUGUAAAGAGGAACUGAAUGAGAAGUAUGAUCUUUUUUACUCUUCCAGAAAUGUCCUGUGAGCCUGACUACGUCGCUAACUUGAAGAAAUACUUUAAUGACCUACACAACACUGGUACUUAUUACAAAAAAAUAGCCUCCAAAGAACGUAAGUGAUGCGUAAGUAUAGUAAGAUACAAGACUGGUUUUCGUUUUUCCUGUCUGAUAUCUUUACCAAUAGUCAUGAAUAGUUUAUCACCCAUGAUAUUUUGCCGGUACAGUAAGGCCCUAACAUGUUGGGAUGAAUUAAGGAAUGGGUGUCGGGAAAUUGUAGGGGGGUGGUCUAGUUCAAAGAGGAAAACUUUUCACUUAACACUUUGUAGGCCUGACCCUCUUCAAAUUCAUUUUGAAUGGUGGAUUUUCUUGGUCACGUGACUUGUCACACCCAUUUUCUGAUAUUUAUAUUGAUUCAAAUUUACACCACUUUAAAGCAAUUUAAACAUGUGAAGGGUAACGAAAUAAUGUUCCUACGUUUCGGCGACAUCAUGACGUCAUUAUCAAGGGAUGGCGAGUUAAAAAGAAUUACUCUAAAUUUGCAUGAAUGAACACAGCUAGGCAAAGACUUUAGCACGGAUUGAAUCCGUUUGCACAUUCAAAGGUGGAUUCAAUCCGUGCUAAAGCAUUUGUCUAGCUGUGCUCAUUCAUGAAGAGUACUUUGUAGGUCUACUUUAGGCAAUUAAUUCUUUAUUUUACUUUUUACAAUAUAUAUUGGUGAUUUUUUAUAAAAUUCUUUUUCUCCCAGAGCUUGAAUCUGAAGCAAAGGAUGCUUUUCGUGAGUUCCUUGGGACUGUAUAUCCAGAUUGGUCAGAUCGUUUUGAAAGCUUCUUCAACGAAUGGAAAAUGACCUACACAAGCGACGGGCCGUUUGAAACCGAACACGAUCGUGCCAACAUAAAUGACAAAAUGACACAUCCUGACGAUUUCCAGGUAUGAAGAAUCGUGCUCCCUCAAAUACGUGCUCACUUGAUUAGAAUUUCGACGAAAUAUAGAGUGCGCUCAAUCCGAAAGAGUGCACAAUUAGGCGUGACCCCGCAAGCUGAGGCUUAUUUUUUCGAAAUAAGUACCAGCGUGCGAAUAGUAAUUAGCCUCUGCCAAAAAUCAUCCAUUCAAGUCCAGAAACGGUCAGACGAGUGAAUUAAAAUAACUGAUGGUUUUUAACCGGCUUUAGACUGCAGGCUUAGUAUUGUGGCAGCUUAAUCUGCAUGCUGUUAAGCAAGGGCUUAUUUGAUCUGCUGUUGAAUGUACUGACGAGCGUUUAUGAGAGUUAAUUAGCUGUUAUGCUCAGAUGAGGCUGUUGCAGAUUGAAGAAGGGUGUUUUACUAAACAAAAGCACCCUGGAGAUCUGAAUAAUUCUCCAUAUCACUCGAGAGGCGAAUCCAAUUAUUGUUGUUUGUUCAUUUAAAACAUUUUCAACUUCAAAAUAUGCCUGCCUCGAUCGACGUUAUUUUAGUUCCGGUCGAUUCACAACCCGGAAAAUUUUGGACGUAAGGGGACGUUGAGUCCUGCAAAUGUUUUUCUGAUAACAGUAAUCACUAUGCAGUUGAGUGAUAUGCAAGCUGUUGUUGCUAUAUUUUUAGCCAGUAUUUUGGCUAUUUUCACUUUGCAAAAAGUGUGGAAUUUUCAGCCAUUUUCUCUAGCUCUAUGAAAAAAGCUAAGUUACCGCGCCUUCUGCUAUCUCUUUUUCUGAAUAAUUAAUCGUAAUAUCUGACGGGCAUACAUCUUCCAAAUUUGGUCAAAGGUAGCUGUUUAUCUUGAUUAUCGUCGUUGUGAUUUUUAUAUAAUUAUUUUUUUAAAAAUCAGUUGUUACUUAGUUCGAUCAUUAGCACAUACUAAAGAGCGUCACAAACGACUCGGAAGUAGCUAGAUAUAUAAUAUAUUUAAUGAUAAAUUAAUAAUAUUUAGAUUAGUUUUGAACUGAAGUUCAAAUUUGUUAAUUCACUAAAAAAAAAUUACUUUAAGUAGGAAUAGUCGAACCGUGGCUUUUGGAAGAAAAUUAUCCAAUCACAACGUUUUUUGAAAACAAAAGAAUCCCAAGAUUUUUUUACCUAUGCAACCUUUGAAAACUUUAAUACUGUUUGAAGUUCCCUGACCUCUCAGGAAACAGCCCACAAAUUUCUUAAAUGUUAUUGGUGCGGUCCGUUUGUUUAAAACUUGAAAAUCUUUCGUUUUCGAAUUCAAACUUUGCUAUUGGAUAAUCUUUUCCAAGUACCCCGGUUCGAGUAGUCGCACUGUAAGUUUCCAUCAAUAGUGUUACUUAUUGCUACCUUUGUUUCUGUAACAAAAGACGUCAUUGUACAUUGAGGAUAUGCUGACAAAUCGUAAUCUUUUCCAAGUACCCCGGUUCGAGUAGUCGCACUGUAAGUUUCCAUCAAUAGUGUUAUUUAUUGCUACCUUUGUUUCUGUAACAAAAGACGUCGUUGUACAUGGAGGAUAUGCUGACAAAUCGUGAUGAUGCCAAGGAGGCGAGUGAUGCAUACAUCGAGGCGUUUGUGUCAAAGGACAGCCAAAGAGUGAGUAAUGCUUUUUAUUUGUUGGAAAUAACUGUCCACAGAUCAGAACGGAAGGCUAUUCCUUGACGCCUUUGUUCUGUGGGGAAGAAGAGGGGGUACUCGGGUAAAGAAAAGUGAUCAGAGGUUUACUGACGAGUAGAAAAUAUAGGAAGCGGAAAGAACUAAAAGGGGCAAAAUCGGCAGAGGAGAAAGAGGUGAAAACAGGUGAAAACACCCUUGUUUCCUUUCUUCUUCGAUUCUCUUCUCUCGUCUGAAACCGUUACGCUGAAAAUGAAUUAAACUUUAUCCGUAGUUUCAAUAUUAGAUUGAAGAUUAAACUGAGUGUUUCUUCAAGGGCGCGACCUAGCGCGUAAGAGCAUAAAUAGCCGACCCCUAAAGAACCAGUAAAUAAGGGCAAAAAAAAUAGCUGCCUUAACUAUUGACAACAAUAUUAUUUAAAUCUUAAAUUUUCUUUUGGCGGAAAGAAGGAAGUAUAACUUUGUUAUGUGGUUUCAGGUGGCGCUAUUUUACCUUGGAGAUGAUGAUAUCAUGCACGGAGUAAUGGCAGCUGGCGUGAGAACCAAUAUGGAUGCUGUCUUUGUUGUUUUCUUCUCAGAUUAG